AUUCAUUGGAUUCCAAAUCCAACUGUAUUUUCUUGUUUCUUUCUUCAACUUCUAAUACUACUUCUUUCUCUUUUCUCUAUUUCAUCCCCCGAGAUUCUCGCUUUCCCCAACUCACGCUCAUUUUUUUGAAAUAAAAAAAUCAAAUCAAAACGCUUAUUAGAUAACAAAAACCAAAUGUAUUAUUAUCAGAAACACAGAGAGAAAAAUUAGAGCUCUCUGCGAGCGAGUGAUUGACUCGGGGGUCACGUGAGUGGCACGUGACGAGAUGGAUGUUACCGGCGAAGUUUUACUGGUGCUUGAGCUCGUCGGGGAAGUUACUGCGGCCGGCAUUGCCGUUGGCGGUGGUGGAAACGACGGCGUGUCGUUUAGGAAGGACUGUACGGAUCUGGUGCGGAAGAUUUCGCUGCUCUCGCAUUUGCUUGAGGAGAUCAGAGAGUUUCGUGCGGCGUCGGCGGCGACUUCUGAUGAUGUGGAUGUGGAGUCGUUGUCGUGGUCGUCCGAUCUGGUUGUGGCUCUCCGAGCUGCUAAGCGGCUUUUGUCUCUCGCCGGGAGCUUCCGCUCCAAGAGCUCUUCCGAUGGAACUACCAGGAGAAUUGCCUCCCUAUUUCAAUCUGUGACAUGGAAAUUGGAGAAAGCAUUGAGCAGCAUUCCAUAUGAUCAUUUUGACAUCUCGGAGGAAGUUCAAGAACAGGUGGAGUUGGUGAGAUCACAAUUGAGAAGAGCCACAGAAAGAUAUGGGUCCUUGAAUUCAAAAAUGUUAUCUCAUGUCUUAGCCCAGCUGCUGAAUGAAGAAAUUGAUCAGCAAUUGGGCAAUAGGUUGAUUAGAAGUCUCCAUAUUCAGAAUAAUGGUAGUAUUGACAGUGAAGUUUCAUCAAAGAUGGGUGCUGUUCCAGAAAGUAAUGGUUCAAAAAGCCAUGGUGUAAAUAUAAUAAGUUAUAAAUCUAAAAGGCUCGGAAACACUUCUGAUCAUUCUGAAGCCUGUCUAGUAAUUGACAUUGAUGCUGAUGGACAAGACAAUUCACCCAACAAGAGUUUAGAUGAAAUCAAGAAGCCUGAUCCAAUUGCAAUUCCUGAUGAUUUUCUUUGCCCUAUAUCCUUGGAACUCAUGAGGGAUCCAGUUAUUGUGGCCACAGGGCAGACAUAUGAGAGAUCUUUCAUACAGAGAUGGAUAGACUCUGGGAAUGCAACAUGUCCAAAAACUCAGCAAAAGCUCGAAAAUUUUACACUCACUCCAAAUUAUGUUCUGAGAAGUCUAAUUACUCAGUGGUGUGCUAAGCAUAAUAUUGAGCAGCCAACAGGACUAACAAAUGGAAAAAUAAAAAAGAGUGACGGAUCAUUUCGUGAUGUUAGUGGGGACAUAGCAGCCAUUCAAGCUCUUGUCCGCAAGCUCUCUAGCCGGUCUGUUGAGGAGCGUAGAACAGCUGCAGCUGAAAUCCGAUCACUAUCUAAAAGAAGCACAGAUAACAGAAUACUAAUUGCAGAAUCUGGAGGCAUUCCAAUUCUGGUCAACCUUUUAACCUCAGAAGACGUGUUAACACAGGAAAAUGCAGUUACAUCCAUUCUCAACCUCUCUAUAUAUGAAAACAACAAGGGACUCAUAAUGCUUGCCGGAGCUAUCCCUUCAAUUGUCCAAGUCCUCAGAAAUGGAAGCAUGGAAGCAAGAGAGAAUGCAGCAGCUACCCUUUUUAGCUUGUCACUUGGAGAUGAGAACAAAAUAAUAAUAGGUGCAUCAGGUGCAAUCCCAGCUUUGGUGGUAUUGCUCCAAGAUGGAAGCACUAGAGGGAAGAAAGAUGCUGCGACAGCGCUGUUCAAUUUGUGCAUUUAUCAGGGAAACAAGGGUAGAGCUAUUAGGGCAGGGAUCAUCUCAGCUUUAUUGAAGAUGCUUACAGAUCCGAGCAAUUGUAUGGUUGAUGAAGCUCUAACUAUAAUGUCAGUUCUUGCUAGCCACCAUGAAGCAAAGGUUGCUAUUGUAAAGGCUAGUACUAUUCCUGUCUUGAUAGACCUUUUGAGAACUGGACUACCUCGCAAUAAAGAAAAUGCGGCUGCAAUUUUACUUGCUUUGUGCAAGAGAGAUUCUGACAAUCUUGCCUGCAUAAGUAGGCUUGGUGCUGUCAUACCCUUGACAGAGCUUGCUAAAAGCGGCACAGAGAGGGCCAAACGGAAGGCCACUUCAUUGUUGGAGCAUCUUCGAAAGUUACAACAGUUCCAACAGGUGUAGUUGUAAUAAAGGGAAAUUUUUUUAUUUAUUCCAUUGCUUCCAAUUAUUUGACAAUGAAUUUCAGGCGUGACAACUGAGAAUAGGAGCUUGAGAUAUUAAUGACUUUCUCAUUGCUUCUACUUAUUUAAUAUUUAUUCCCUCCUGUAUGAGUGUGUAAAAAGUUCAUUCCUUCUGUACUGAGUGUGUAAAAAAUUCAUUUGAUAUAAUGCUUAUCGCAAAAUUCUUCACUGGCAA